UCGUCCUCACCACCAUCCAUCAUCACGUUGCCCCCACUCGCCCGGCAUGCUGUCCAUCAAGAAGCCUCGCAAUGCCCGCUCCAAGCGAGCAUUGGAGAAGCGACAACCCGCCACCAACGAACCUGUAAAGACGGCCCUCUUUGUCAAUGCUUCCCACUCAAGCCACACCGUCUCGCAAGCACUGCAACAACUCUCCGCCCUCAAGAAGCCCUACGCAAUCUCCUUCUCCAAGAAGAAGUCCAAUGAUGUCAAUCCCUUCGUCGAUGCAAGCUCAAUCGAGUUCUGGUGCGCAAAGAACGAUACCCCACUGAUGCUGGUCGGCGACUCGAGGAAGAAGCGCAAGGACAACUUGACGUGGAUCAGGCUCUUUGACGGCAAAGUAUUGGAUAUGCUUGAGAUGGGCAUCGAUAGCCUCAAGACCACCGAGGAGUUCAAGCCCCCUACCCUACCUGACUUGGGAACUAGGCCGCUCUUCCACUUUGCCGGGCAGCAAUUCGCUACAGAGGCUGCCGGGGAAUACCCAGCGCAUGCCCACCUGAAGUCGCUCAUGCUCGACUUCUAUCGUGGAGAGGAGGUCCUUGAGAAUGGAAUCCCAACAGGAGGAAAGGUGGCGCUGCAGGGUGGGCUGCAGAUGGUCAUUAGUGUCACAGCGACGAGCGACAAUGAAGGCACGAGCAAGGGCAACGGCGCCGCAGGGGCUACCUUGGCCGACCUGUAUGCCGCAGGCCAAGCAACGAGCAGCAAUGGCGCUCCCUCCUCCUCCGCAACACCAAUCGAUACUUCAGCAUCUGGCAGUCGCAUAGGCUUCCGCGUCUACACCAUCACCGUACCCCCAAAGACACCGGCACGCGCCAUUCCCUCCAACUUCACACUAAACGAGUGCGGUCCUUCCCUCGACCUCACCAUCCGACGUCGUCAGCCCGCAGACGCCACCAUGCUGCAUCAGAGUUUGAAGAGGGCAAAGACGCAAGCAGAGAAGAAUAGGCAGGGCAAGAGCGACACGUACAAGAAGAAUAUCGAUACAGAUGAGAUGGGCGAUAUGGUUGGUAGGGUGCAUGUGGGCAAGCAGGAUCUUAGCAAGUUGCAGACGAGGAAGAUGAAGGGUUUGAAGGCGGAUAAGAAUGGGGCUGAGGAGAGUGACGAUGAAGACGACGAGGAGGAGCACGACGACGACGACGAGGAUGAAGAUGAAUUCAUGGCGCUGGGUAGCGGGGAUGAGGACGAGAUGGAAGAUGACGAGGACGAUGAUGAGGAGGACGCAGCAGAGAUGGCAGAUCUCGUUGGCGACUCAGAAGACGACGAUGAUGAGCCAGCGCCAGCACCCAAGGGGGCGAUGUCGAGCAAGAAGCGAGGCAGAAAGGCAUAAGAACCGGUCUUACCAAAGCGUGCAAUCUCAUUUCGCCUCUAUCAAGAGGCUCGUUGCCAGACUUCAUCGUUGCAGGCUGAUGCUGGAGUGCGGAUCUGGUGAUGUAUCGAAGUAAGUGUGACAUUGGGGUAGUGGAUGAAAUGAAGGAUAUACGGACAUGGUGGUGCUGAUGACUUCGAUGGGCGCGCUGCCCGGUGCUCCCAGGUUCGCUCACUCCUUGGUCGAGGAGGGAAAGAGAUGGUUGACGGAGGUCUUGUGCUCCUGGCUGCUCGGAUGAUGUUGCGAUGCUCUAAUGUCUCCUCCCUUUGAUGGCAAAUUUGUCUCGCUUGACGAGUCUGACACCCUGUCUGCUCCUCCUUCUCUUCUUCUUCUUCUUCUUCUUCUUCCUCCUCCU